CUCAAGAGGAAGAGCCCAGCAGCUUGGUGUUCAUGAUGAUAAAAGGGUGGUCUUAGCUGACACUCUAGUCUUCUGGAUGAAACUGCUCUCUUAUUUUCUGUAAAGAAUUCUAAUUCAUACACUUUAUCUAUGUGGAGAAUGAAUUUUGAUUACCCCUCUCCUGGCUGCAAGAUGAGAGUUCUUGUGGUCAAGUUAAUCCUGUUUUGGGCAUCCUCAGCUAUGGCAGGCAUUCCAGCUGUGCCUUGGAAAGUGCAGUGUCCAUCACAGUGUGUCUGUCAGAUACGUCCCUGGUAUACUCCCAGGUCAGCCUACAGAGAGGCCAAUACUGUGGACUGCAACGACCUAUUUGUCACAGCUGUCCCAAAUGCUCUACCAGCUGGGACUCAUACACUUCUUCUGCAGAGCAACAAUAUUGCACAUCUGGAGCAAGAAGAACUAGGUUACCUGAAAAACCUGACAGAACUAGAUUUGUCUCAGAACAGUUUCUCACAUAUUAGAGACUUUAAUGCCAGGCAACUACCAAACCUUGUAAGCCUCCACCUUGAAGAGAACCAGUUGGAAAACUUGCCAGAUCAUAGCUUUUCAGGACUUGAAAACCUUGAAGAAUUGUACCUUAAUCACAAUCAACUGAGUGACAUAUCUCCCCAAGCAUUUUCUGGUCUGCAACGUUUACUUCGUCUUCAUCUGAACUCAAACCUACUGAAAACACUGAAUAACCAGUGGUUUAAAGAAAUGCCAUCUCUUGAGGUCUUGAUGGUUGGCGGCAAUAAGGUUAGUUCAAUCCUAGACAUGAACUUUAAGGCACUUUCCAAUUUACGGAGUCUUGUUCUGGCAGGUAUGGGGCUUAAGGACAUAUCAGACUUUGCAUUAGAAGGAUUACUUAACUUGGAAAGUCUUUCUUUGUAUGAUAACAAAUUAAUCAGAGUACCAAAAGGCGCUCUGCAAAGGGUGCCAAGCCUGAAGUUUUUGGAUUUGAACAAGAAUCCACUGAGCAGAAUCCAGCAAAAAGAUUUUGAAAAUAUGGCUCAGUUAAAGGAACUUGGAUUAAAUAGCAUGGAAGAGCUAGUAUCUAUUGAUGAAUUGGCUUUAGUGAACCUGCCAGAACUGACCAAGUUAGAAGUAACUAACAAUCCUAAGCUUUCUUUCAUCCAUCCCAGGGCCUUCCAGAAACUGCCACGCAUGGAAACGCUAAUGUUGAAUAACAAUGCUCUGAGCUCUUUACACAGAGAAACUGUAGAGUCACUGCCAAACUUGCAGGAAAUUGCUAUGCAUGGAAAUCCUCUGAGAUGUGAUUGCGUUAUCCGUUGGGUGAAUGCCACAGCCUCACAUGUACGCUUUAUGGAACCCCAAUCAACACUAUGUGCCGAGCCUCCAGAAUUAAGGCGUACACAGUUAAGAUUAGUCCCUUUUCGCGAGAUGAGUGAUCGUUGUCUUCCCCUUAUUCCUGUGCCAAGCUUUUCACCUCGAGUUCGGGCAUCCAGUGGACAAAGCAUAACCUUACACUGCAGAGCACUUGCUGAGCCAGAGCCACAAAUAUAUUGGGUAACCCCCUCUGGAGAAAGGCUAGGAGUAUCUGCAAACUGGGGUGGUUACAAAGUACAAGAAGAAGGCACACUAGAAAUACAGGUGGUCUCAUCUGCUCAUGCUGGAGUAUAUACCUGUGUAGCACAGAAUUUGGUGGGAGCAGAUUACAAGAGUGUUCACCUCAUGGUCAACCAACUAUACCCACCUAGAGACGAUCCUGUCCAGCUUAAUGUGGGAGAAGUAGGCGAGCGCCAUUUAUUGCUAUCUUGGGUCCCACCACUUAAUGCUCUUGGAUGCAGCCUGCGGUGGAGUUGCCUAACACCUGGUGCCAGUGUUGAACGUGCAAGGCUUCCUGUCGGUCUGAAUUCAUACAAUGUCACAAGACUACUUCCAGGAGAGGAAUGCAGGGUAUGCCUACGUGUCUCCAUCCUUGGGGGCAGAGUGCGAACGGCAUGUGCUAGUGCCAGGACUAGAGAGACUGGCACAGGUUACAAACAUAGAGGACAAAAAGCACUAACUGCACUAGCUUUCUGCUCAUUGUUGGUGGUGAUUGGGUUACUUGCCCGAUAUCGUCCAGGUGGCAGCUCAGACCCUUCGUCACCAUGGUCUCUCUCUGGCAGAGUUAUUUACCCUCCAGUUAUACACCAAUGGAACCAGAAUAAAAAAGAGCAUUUGUCAGGCAUCAAUGUGCCAGCUACUCCUUUGUGCUAA